GUUUACCAAACCCCAACGGGAGGAAUUCUUCCCACUGCUGCCUGUACCAAUGGCCCGACCACAGUCAGCGGAACACCCGGGGCCCCCCAGUCUAAAGUCAGCCAGGACAUUCCUGGGAUGUAUCAAAUCCCCACCCCUGUGGCAGUAAACCUUCCAAGGAGCUCAACUGCAGCUCUGGCCCAUCAGCACUCAUGUCAAUCAUCCCCAACCCAGGUGUCUCCCAGACCUCUGCUUAAGGGUGCUCCACCUAAUCCCGCUGUGGCCAGAGGUAAUGCGGGUCUGGCCUGCCACAGAGGGUCCCCUUCGCUGGUUCGAGCCGGUCACCCCCGAGUCCCUGGAUCGCCGACUCUUACCAGAAAGCCCCCUCCGCCUGCACCUCCUGUGAGGGGUGUCACGAGGAAAGAAGGGCAGCAGACCGCACCUUUGUCAGGAGAUGCUAAUGUUGUUUUCAGGGGCACCCCUGCAAACCUGCAGCCAGAGUUGGAAAAGCAGACGAGUCAGGACCUGGAGAAAAUCAAUAAUAUGCACAACUUCAAAGGAGGAGAUUAUGCAGAUCCUGUGGAUGACCAGGUGUACGACACCCCUCCAAGCGGUAGGUGGCAGCGUCCAGUGCCGGCUGUCCUCAUUGAUGACGAUGAUAGCAUCUAUGACACCCCUCGCAGUGUCCCACCACUCGCCGACUCUGAGACAGAGGUCUAUGACGUUCCCACCAUAACGCUGAAUGGGUCUACAUCAGAGGUCACGUCCGUGCCGGGCGAUGCUGAUGAUGUCUACAGUGUCCCCACUCUUCCCGGUGUCCCUAUGGUUCCUGGGGAGUCCACCACCAGCCUUUGUGGGGAGGACGCCACCCAGAACGGUCAGCUCUGCUGCGUCCCAGGUUCCGAGAAGAGAGCAAGCACAGGAGAUCACCAACGGGAUUCUUUGGAGCCAGACUGUGGCGUUUAUGACAUGCCUGCUCUGACUGCCGAAGUUCUGCCUCACUCCUCCUCGUCAUCCUCCACCUCAACCCGACGUCUCUCCUUGUCCAGUAAUGGCUCUGGGGAUGUGCAGUGGAGAGCCUCCCUGUCUAACCUUAUCCACGCAGUGCUGAGCACCACCUCCUGCUUGCCAACAACUCUGUCGUCCCGGGAUCUGGCCACCUCCCUGGCGGAAAUCCUGUCCACGUGGAAAGCCAGUCACUCCGGGGAUCCCCCGCUGCCCCUUCAACAGGCCUGGGCUCGCCUAUCAGACCUUCUGCCGGCAUUGUCUGCCAUUGGCAAUGCUCCUCCGUCUGAAGGACUCUUGUCACUCGUCCAGCGGUCCCUUGAGGAAAGCGCCCUUCUAUUGCAGACUCAGGGACGCCCCCGACUCCCUUCACAGGAAUCGUUAUCCCGCAGGCCACUGCCCGCACUCCCGGUGUCCGACGGGAAGUCACCCGCAGGUGGAAUGGGCUCCCGUAAAAGUAGUUGGAUCCAGGAAAGGCCUUUGCCUCCAACGCCUCAGGCGGCCUUCCCCAUGCCUCCCACUUUGGCCACCGUGACCCUCACAGUUGGCCCCAGUAAUGGCGAGGACGACCCCAGCAACGAAUAUGCAGGAAUCAGCCUGACACCCAUAGCUCCCCCUGUCACUAAUGGAGAUAGUGUUGGAUACGUCAAGCUGCAGGGAAAACCGGAGCUUCCACUGGCACAGAACGGACAAACGAUCACUUCAGAGCCAAGGCUGACUCCGUCCCCUCCUUUGCCGGUGUCCCUCUCCCUGGAGGACUCGGAGCUGCUGUGCUUUUACUCAUCCCAGAGCCUCGCUCACCUCUCUUGCCUGGCUGACGCCAUCGACGUGCUGUUCACCAGCGUACAGGGCAACCAGCCUCCCCGGAUCUUUGUAGCCCGCGGAAAGAGCCUCAUCGUGACGGCCCACAAGUUGGUGUUUAUUGGCGACACGCUUUCCCGACUACUCACCUCCACUGACCUGCGGGCCAAGGUGGGUUAUGUUAAUAAUGAUUAACUAGUUGUUUUUGUU